AUGGAUACUGUGAUCGGAGCUCUCGAUUCAUGCAAGCCAUUCAACAACGACGUAGCUUCUGCGCCCCAAACCGGGUCUCUCGCCAUCCCCGACUCGCACUCCUCAUCCUCCAUCGUGUCCCCAGAUGCGACGCUCGGGCGCCACCUCGCCCGGCGAUUGGUCCAAAUAGGGGUGAGCGACGUAUUCUCCAUCCCUGGCGACUUCAACUUGACCUUGCUGGACCACCUAAUCGCCGAGCCAGGGCUGUGCAACGUCGGGUGCUGCAACGAGCUCAAUGCAGGCUAUGCAGCCGACGGGUAUGCGAGGAGUCGUGGGGUCGGGGCCUGUGUGGUCACAUUCACGGUUGGAGGACUCAGCGUUCUCAACGCCAUCGCUGGAGCUUACAGCGAGAAUCUUCCUGUGAUCUGUAUUGUUGGAGGGCCUAACACCAAUGACUAUGGAACCAGUAGAAUUCUCCACCACACCAUUGGCUUGUCUGAUUUCAGCCAAGAACUCAGAUGCUUUCAAACUGUCACAUGUUAUCAGGGAGUGAUAAACAACAUAGAAGAAGCGCAUGCUCAGAUUGAUAAGGCAAUUUCUACUGCACUGAUUGAGAGCAAGCCUGUGUACCUCAGCAUCAGCUGCAACUUACCCGGCAUCCCUCACCCUACUUUCAGCCGAGAGCCUAUUCCAUUUUCUAUAUCUCCAAGAAUGAGCAAUAAGAUGGGGUUGGAAGCGGCAGUGGAGGUGACAGCGGCAUUCCUAAACAAGGCCGUGAAGCCAGUGAUGGUCGGCGGGCCGAAGCUGCGAGUGGCCAAAGCUUGUGAUGCAUUGGUCGAGCUGGCCGAUGCCUGUGGCUACGCUUUGGCCGUGAUGCCGUCGGCCAAAGGCCUCGUCCCGGAGCACCACCCCCACUUCAUCGGAACAUAUUGGGGAGCCGUUGGCACCGCCUUCUGCGGCGAGAUCGUGGAGUCCGCCGAUGCAUAUUUGUUCGCCGGCCCCAUCUUCAACGACUACAGCUCCGUCGGGUAUUCCCUCCUUCUUAAAAAAGAGAAGGCUGUAAUCGUGCAGCCCGAUCAUGUCAUGAUCGCCAAUGGACCAACUUUCGGGUGUAUUCUAAUGAAGGAUUUUCUUCAAGAACUCGCCAAGAAACUGAAAAGGAACACAACGGCGUACGAGAACUACCAUCGGAUCUUUGUCCCCGACGGCCAGCCACUGAAAUGCAAGCCCAAUGAGCCGCUGAGGGUCAACGUUAUGUUUCAGCACAUACAGAAGAUGCUGUCGGCCGAGACCGCGGUGAUCGCCGAGACCGGAGAUUCCUGGUUCAACUGCCAGAAACUCAAGCUCCCUAAAGGUUGCGGGUACGAAUUCCAAAUGCAAUAUGGUUCGAUUGGAUGGUCUGUUGGGGCGACAUUGGGAUAUGCUCAAUCGAUUCCAAGUAAGCGUGUAAUUGCUUGCAUCGGUGAUGGAAGCUUUCAGGUGACAGCACAAGAUGUGUCGACCAUGAUUAGAUGCGAGCAAAAGACGAUAAUCUUCCUAAUCAACAACGGAGGUUACACCAUCGAAGUCGAGAUCCACGACGGACCGUACAACGUAAUCAAGAACUGGAACUACACAGCACUGGUGGAUGCAAUCCACAAUGGUGAAGGCAAAUGCUGGACGACAAAGGCGCGUAGUGAGGAGGAGCUGAUCACAGCGAUUAAUACCGCGACGGGAGAGAAAAAGGAUUGUUUAUGUUUCAUCGAAAUUAUUGUUCAUAAAGAUGAUACAAGUAAAGAACUACUCGAGUGGGGAUCGAGAGUUUGUGCUGCGAAUAGCCGCCCGCCAAAUCCUCAAUAGAUGAAGCCUAAAUCGAGUUCUAGAUGAUCAGUUGGAGUUGCAAUAAAAAGUAUGAUAUAUAGGUGAAUUUGAAUGAGUUUUUGUUGCCUAAUGAGUAUUUUCUCAUUCAAUUUGUUCGGAAAAGAAAAUCAAAGUAUU